CGCCAGGGACGCUCCCUGGAGCGCGCUCAGGUGCAUCAGGCGCUGCUCCACAGCUGCUCCCCCGCCGCCUCGGGAAUGGGGCUCGGCUGAGGUCGCGGCUCUCCCGCCCGCAGGCUGGGGGGCGGGGCGGCCCCAGUCCCAUCCCCCGCGUCCCAUCCCCCAGCGCAGCCGGGCCUCCACAUCCUCCCGGCGUCUGUCCUCCCCGCGUUCCCCACGAGAGACAUGGCCGGGAGCAGUGAGAAGGCGCCAGACUCCGGGCGAGGCGUCGUGCUUAUGGAUAAUUGGCCGGGAUAUGACUUGGAUUUAUUCACGUAUCCACAGCACUAUUAUGGCGAUCUGGAGUGUGUGCUCAUCCCUCAUGGCAUCAUAGUGGACAGAAUUGAGCGGCUGGCUAAAGAUAUAAUGAAAGACAUAGGCUACCAUGAUAUUCUGGUCCUAUGUGUGCUGAAAGGAGGUUAUAAAUUCUGUGCUGAUCUUGUAGAACACCUUAAGAACAUCAGCCGAAAUUCAGAUCGAUUUGUCUCUAUGAAGGUGGACUUCAUCAGACUAAAAAGUUACAAGAACGACCAGUCCAUGGGUGAGAUGCAGAUCAUAGGAGGCGAGGAUCUCUCAACACUGGCUGGAAAGAAUGUCCUCAUUGUUGAGGACGUUGUUGGAACUGGGAGGACCAUGAGAGCACUGCUCAGCAGCAUCGAGAAAUACAAACCCAACAUGGUUAAGGUAGCCAGUUUGUUGGUGAAGAGAACAGCCAGAAGUGACAGCUUCAGACCCGACUAUGCUGGAUUUGAGAUCCCAGAUGUCUUUGUGGUGGGCUAUGCCUUAGACUACAACGAAUACUUCCGAGACCUAAAUCACAUAUGCGUGAUCAAUGAACAUGGGAAAGAAAAAUACCGAAUAUGAUGAAGCAAAAAUCCUCAACGUCUCUUUCUCAGAUAACAUGAUUCUUCUGCUCAGGAAGCCAGAGUGUAAAGUCCAUCUCCCUAGCUAUCUCAACUCAGCUGGGUAUAAAAGAUUUUUUUUUUUUUAAAUGGGCUCUUUUUUGCCCCAAGCCCCAGAGAUUAUAAUGUAAAUAAUAAAGGUUCUUCAGGAAGAGAAGACUAUGCCUGCCUUUGACUCAUUCCAAAUUAAACUUCUGAUCCCCCAAAUCCCUCCCACCUUUCUGCUCCCGAAUACACCUUCUGCUUUGGUAUGUCACUAUGCUCAAUGGCUCUUCCCAGGGAUACUCCCACCCAAGAACUCAAAUAUUGUUCACUUAACUCCUUUAGUGCUAGACUUUUUAUUAUAUAUCACAUUUUACAGUAAUCAGAACCUACGGUCCCUUAGCUUUAGCCCUGAGCCUGUAUAGUAAGAACGUAGCUAAAUUCCCUUGCUAAUCCAGGAGCGAAAGGACAGCCUCACGUGAGCGUCUGUCUGUUUGCCCGCUCCUGACAGGCCGUUAUUAACUGCUUUGACAAAGCCUUUCAGAAGUGCGGGUACAAUGGACCUUAAUGAUGUUAUGAAAUGAGCCUUCACUGUGCGCUCUUGAGCUUUGCUUCCUGUGUGUGAUGACAGCAUGUCGUGUGUGCAUGGAUGUACUCAACUGUGUUUAAUACUCUGCAUUUUAAUUAGGAAAAAACACAAUGGCAGCACGGCCCGCCCUCCUGAGCGGAAUCCUUUUAUCCACGUGGGAUGUGGGCAAAGGGUGGGAUUGAGAGGCAGAGGGUGUUUUCAAAAAAUCAGCACUAAGCAAGUGUAAAUUUUUUCUCUUAUUUGCAUGGAAGAAUAAGAGAGUUAAAUAUUGUCCUAAACAUGAGCAGAGGUUGAAUUAUUUAGCUCAAUGUCCUUAUAUGACUUUUCACACAAUCCAGGGUGCCAGAGGAAGCACUCACACAUACGGAAGUUCUUGUACAUAAUAACACACACACACACACACCUAUUAGCACCAUCAUAUGUGACAUUUCCUAAUUUGUAGGGACUUUAAUUAAAAAUAAGCUCAAGAGUCCACAGUGCUGGGUAUCUUGCCUCCUAAAAGGAGCAAAUGCAAGAUAACUAAACAGCCUUUGUUUGAUUCUGAACCAUCUGUGGCGUAUUGCUAUAUUGUAGAGUCCUUUAAACUAAUAAUAUAAUAAAAAAAAGACAUGUUUCACAACUGCUUACCCCUCAUAUACUUUUAGUCAUUAGUCAUUGAAAUGUGUGUGAGCCCGUAGCCUAAAAACAUGACUGUGUGUACCUAUCCCAUGGUCAACCUGGAUUAAAUCCAAAACAUGCACUAAGAUAAGUAAACAUCAAGCCAGGAGCCAUCUGCUGCUUUCCUGUUUUCCUCCCCAGACUUGCUUUGUAAGAACAAGGAAUUUUACUUGUGAAGAAAGAUUUCCCUGCAUAUCUCUGUCUCAGCCAGAGAAGAAAACAGACUAUGCCCAGAUUCCCCAAAGGCGGAAGUCACAAAGGGAGUCACUUCUGGCUUUGUUCCACACCCAAGUUACUGAUUAAUAAUUGUGUAGGACUGCAUUCAUAAAACUCACAUUUUAUAGACACUUUCCCACUAUGCCAUAUUUCUACCCAAAGGCCUAGAAAAAUAUACACGCACUUGGUUUUGAAUAGAAAUUUAUCCAUGAAGUAUGCAGCUUAGAAAUGUUUUCUUAAAAAUCUUGCAUUUUAAGAAAACAUUAUUAUCAUUUGUGGGGAUUGUGUUUGUUCAGAUUAGAAAGAAAAUUGAUCUAUCUCAAAAUUGUGAUGGCUUGUAUAUUUAUGCAUCAAAAAGAAAAAACAGUAAAUACAUUUCUGCAUUUUUUUUUGUAUCAGACUAUUCUGAUGCUGAUGUGAAAGACUGUCAUCUUGGGGAAAACAUUAUUUCUUUUUCUCUUGCAAAACUCUGACUGGGGUUUGAUACUGCUGAGCUUACUCACAUCACUCCAAAAACAUAAAAUCCAAUUAGCAACAAAUCCGUGUAUUUAUUUAGCAUUUGUGAGGGACUAGCUUGGUUACUUUUCUGUUGUGAAACCAUGACGAGAGCAACUUAAGGGAGAAAGGAUUGUAGUUCCCCAUUCCAGGCUGCAGUCCGUCCUGCAGGGAAGUCAGUCGUAGCGGCGGGAGCUGGAAGGAGCUGUCACACGGCAUUCAUCCAUACUCAAGAAACAGAGGAACGCAUGCGAGUGCUCAGCUCACUUGUAUCAUUUUAUACAGUCCAAGAUCCCCUGGUCAGAAAAUGACCCCACCCACAAUUAAGAUGAGUGUCCCACAUCACUUAAUGUAAUCAAGAUAAUACCCCACAGGCAUGCCCUGAGGCCCAUCUCUAAGAUGAUUCUAGAUUCUGUCAAGGUGACAACACUAACUACCACAGACUUGGAGUAGGGCUGGAAAUGUGUCUCCGUAGUGGGACCCUUUCCUGCCACACACAGCCCCAACACCACAAAAGCAGAAAAGAGUGGGUAGAGAAGUAUAUGUGUUAUAUUGGAAAUUUUAGACUCUUUAAACAAUAAAAUUAGUAAUACCUUGGGGUUUUCCAAACAAAUGAAAAUGCCUAGUUAAAAACUGGCUGGAAUUUAUUAGAGUUUCAGUUUCGUACUCAAGUGUGAGGUGCAGAUGGAGGGUCUCCCUGUGUUCUUUGGCUGUCUCUGAUGGGUCGCCAUGUUUCUGGUGUUUUUGAAACAGUGAAAACAACCUGUCAGAGCAGCUCAGCUCCUGUGGUAGACGCUUACGUCUUCCCAAAGAGAGCGUCCCAGGCAUCAGGGAGCUACUCCCUCCCUUUGGA